AUGAUCAAGCAGAGCGUCCAACUCGUGGCGCUGCCAUUGCGUCGAGCUUUCCAUGCGUCUACGAGCCGCUUGGCACUCCAGACAGUCAACGUUCCGUCCAUGGGUGACUCCAUAAGCGAAGGAACGCUGGUGGAGAUCGUCAAGAAAGCAGGAGACGCCGUGCACGCUGACGAAGUGGUGCUCGUGCUCGAGACGGACAAGGUGAGCGUGGACGUGACGAGUCCCGUAGCUGGAACAAUCGUAGAGGUCCUGGCUCAGCUCGAGGAGAAUGUCGAUGUGGGCAAACCGCUCUUCACAGUGGACGACGCACUGCCUCCUAGUGGUGGGUCUACUACCGAGUCGCCACAGACUGAGACUUUUGUGUCGUCCGCGGCCACACCAGAAGCUACUGCUGCUGCAGUGUCGGAAUCCCGCUCACCUCUGAUCAAGUUCCUGGGGAAGCGCUCGCUGCUGCCUCCUAAGCCGUCGGCACGACCUGACCCGGCACACCUCGAUCUUCCGUCGUCACGUACGCAAGCUGUGUCUGUCCAGCCAUCGAGUGCCGACGUCCUUCCAUUCACCAGUGCCAAGCGCUUGCCGCUAUCGCCUGCAGAAGUGGAAUCCAUCAACUCGGGUCUUGCCUUCUUGUAG